AACAGGACACUCAGCUUUGGAGGAUCCAGGUGACUGAGCCCUGGAAGUGCUUUUCCUGUCCUGUCUGGGCAGGACCAGGCCUGUGAACGACAGCGGGGACACUCGUGGCUGUGGCAAAGUGUUCAUAAAAGGCCAGGCAAAGCAAACCUCCGCAGUCACCGGGAGAGGAACGGACGUCGGCCAGGCUGUCCCUGCUGUGUUCAGGGGUCAAGGUAGAGAGACACAGAGGAGGGUGUCUCCAGACGCAGCCAAUCGCAAGCCCCGGCGCUCGCUCUCACCCCCUGCUCGGCAGCGCAGCGUCUGACUCUGCACGCCGCGGUAGCUGGUUUGUGGCGCUUGUCUCAGCCAUGCCGUUGCUGGAGUUGGACACCAGCCUCCCCGCCGCUCAGCUGCCCCAGGGCUUAGCUGGCAAGCUGUGCUCGGUCGCUGCUGCGAUCCUGAACAAGCCCGAGGAGACGGUGAGCGUCACUGUGAAGAGCGACUUGGCCAUGGUGGUUAGCGGCUCUGCAGCGCCCUGUGCUCAGCUGCUCGUCUCAUCCAUUGCGGUGGUGGGAACCGCGGAGCAGAACAGAGGGCACAGUGCCAAGUUCUUUGAGUUCCUUACCAAGGAGCUGGGGCUCGAUGCAGACAGGAUUCUUAUCCGCUUUUAUCCCCUGGAACCUUGGCAGAUUGGCAAGAAAGGAACUGUCAUGACUUUCUUAUGAUCUCUUCAAGAAACCCAUUGAAAAGAAACCCUUGUGGAGGGCACAACCCAAGGAUGGCCAGCUCUACCUGUUUGUUUCUAUGGAAGAU